AUGGGCUCCACGGACAAGAAGUCCAAGGACGGGAAAAAGAAGAAAAAGUCCCACAGCAACGAUGACGAGGAGCCUUUAAUGGAAGAGCAAGAAGAGGAAGACGCAAAGAAGAAGAAGAAGAAGAAGGCCAAGAAGAAGGGAUCUGCAGACAGUGAUGAAGACAAGAAGAAGAAGGGGAAGAAGUCCCGGACCAGGCAGGUGGACUACGCUGUGCUCUACCAGAACGAACUGCUGAACUACCACACCGACUCCUCUGACGGCUACGACGACGAGUACUACAAGAAGAAAGUGUACGAGGUGGUGACCAUAACCGGGGACGUCAAGGGCGCCGGGACGGACGCCAACGUGUUUGUUACCCUGUUUGGAGAGUUUGGCGUCACGCCGAAGGUUCACCUGGCCAGCAAACUGACGUGUCUGCAUGUUGACAGAUGUUUCCGUCAGAAUUUUCAGCCAGAUUCUCAGAUCUCCGUUAUAGUCACACCCUGCCUAGCCGAUUUAAGGAAGAAAAAAAAAAGGUAUCUGGAAAACUAUGACGGCCCCUUUGAAUACAACUCCACUGCAUGCAGGGAGCUCCGGCAAGAGAUCAUGGACGUCAAAGUCCUAACGAUGGUGAAAACCUCAGAGCUGUUUGAGAGGUGGAGAAACCUGCAAGUGUGCAGGUGGGAGCAGAACAAGGAGGAGACCAGCAACUUUAAGAUGUCGCUGUCUCGCUGCUGUAACGCUCCGUCCUUCCUGUUCACCACCAAGAGGAACACUCCUGCAGGGACCAAGCUGAGGUAUGAAGUGGACACCAGCGGGAUCCUUCCCAUCACCACCGAGGUCUUCAAGAUGUUCCCAGAUGAUAUGCCAUACUCCAAAUCACAGUACAAGAAAUGUGCAGUGAUUGGAAAUGGUGGUAUCAUCAAGAACAGCAAAUGUGGAAAGGAAAUCGACUCAGCAGAUUUUGUUUUCAGGUGCAACAUCCCGCCCAUUUCUGAGAAGUACUCUGCAGAUGUUGGAACGAAAACUGAUCUGGUGACCAUAAACCCGAGCAUCAUCACCGAGAGAUUUCAGAAGCUGGAGAAAUGGAGGCGUCCGUUUUACGAGGUCCUCCAGAACUACGAGAACUCCUCGGUGGUGCUGCCCGCCUUCUACAACACCCGCAACACCGACGUGUCGUUCCGGGUCAAGUACAUGCUGGACGACUUCGACUCGCAGAGGGGCGUGUUCUUCUUCCACCCGCAGUACCUGCUGAACGUGCAGCGCUUCUGGGCCGUGCAGGGCGUCCGGGCCAAGCGGCUGAGCAGCGGCCUCAUGCUGGUCACCGCCGCCAUGGAGCUGUGCGAGGAGGUGCACCUGUACGGCUUCUGGGCCUUCCCCAUGAACCCCGCCGGCAUCUUCAUCACCCACCACUACUACGACAACGUCAAGCCGCGGCCCGGCUUCCACGCCAUGCCGCACGAAAUCUUCAACUUCAUCCACAUGCACACGCGUGGGAUCAUCAACGUGCACACGGGGGAGUGCACGUGAUCUGGGCCUU